CCGUCUUACGUACAUAUCUAUUUAGCUGAAAAAAGGAAAAUACAAGUUGGAGACAAAAUGGCAGGACGUCAUGGUAACAAAGGUAUUAUUUCUCGUAUUUUACCUAGACAAGACAUGCCUUUUUUACCAGAUGGUACUUCUGUUGAUAUUGUAUUAAAUCCGUUAGGGGUCCCUUCUCGCAUGAAUGUUGGUCAAAUUUAUGAGUGUUUAUUAGGAUUAGCUGGUCGUUAUUUAGGUGAACAUUAUAAAAUUCCACCUUUUGAUGAAAUGUAUGGCGCUGAUGCCUCACGAAGUUUUGUUUUAUCCAAAUUAUAUGAUGCUCGAAAAAAAACAGGCUUAAAUUGGCUUUUUGACCCUAACCAUCCAGGCAAAAUUAGAUUAUUUGAUGGUCGCAAUAGUGAAUGUUUUGAUCAAACAGUAACUGUGGGUAUUGCUUAUGUAUUAAAACUUGUUCAUAUGGUUGAUGAUAAACUACAUGCCCGUUCAACGGGCCCGUAUUCAUUAGUAACACAACAACCUCUACGUGGACGUUCAAAACAAGGUGGUCAACGUUUAGGUGAAAUGGAAGUUUGGGCUAUUGAAGGUUAUGGUGCCGCCUUUGUAUUGUCGGAAAUGUUAACAAUCAAAUCUGACGAUAUGACUGGAAGACAAAAUUUAUGGAAAAAUUUAAUUGAAAAUAACGAUAUUUCGUUAGGUUCACCAGAAUCUUUUAAAGUUUUAGUAUGUGAACUUCAAGCUUUAUGUUUAGAUAUUGGACUUUUUAGAAAAAAUGGAAUUAAACAAGAUAUUAACUUAAUAAAUUUAGAAGAUAAAGCAAAAUCAGCUCCAAAAUUAGGCCCAAGCGCUGUAAUUGAAAUAGAUAAUUUAUUACAUUUAGCUUAA